CACCUCAAAAUUUUGUUUGAAGAAGGCGGGGCUAGGGUUUUGGAAGAGAAUGGAGCUGAAGAGGCGACGGGAUGAUGAAUCACAGUCAAGUUCGAAGGGUCGCCGCCGAUCAUCGCCGUCGCCUAAGAUUGCUCUCUCAGAUCGGACGGUGAAGCUGUUGGAAGAGAAGAUAUGCUUUCCAAAUGUAUCCAAGUGUCGCCGCCAUCACAAUGCCCCAUUUAUUCGGAGUCCUUGGUAGAUGUGCCCGGAGUGGAGGUAGGCAAGCAGCUGGAUGUUUUAGAUUUUCUAGGGAGUAACCUCUUGAGGUUCAGCACCAAAUCCACAAGUUAUGUGGGUUCGCGUGGUCCGAAUAAAGGUGCGGAUGGGGGUAUGUCUAAGUCGGGCAUGAGUAGGGGGAUUCAAACCCCCCCGGUGUUGAGGCGUUGUGGUAAUGUUAAUAGGGGUGGUGUUGUUGUUAGCGCCUCUACCGCCAGCACAGCAGCAGGGGGCAACAAAGAGAAUGUCAGCGUGGAAUGCACCCUAAGCCUUAAGGGUAAAUACGUUAUGAUUUGUUGCGUGUUUGUGCCUUCGAUAUGGUGUUCAGAAGACGCGUGUAUGGUGUAUUACACCUCUUUAGCUUCUCAUGAGCUGGCCAGAAGAGAUGAUUUUGUGAUGGUGGUGGUGCCAAUGAUGAGGGACGGUUUCGCUCAUUCCCACUCUGCCUACCAACACUUCUUGUCGGGUUUUUCCUGCCUCGCUGUCCCUUUCGAGGACUCUCAUCGGCGUGAGUUCAUUUGCUCGUCGCUCGGGUUUGAUGGUAAGCUUAAGGCUUUACUUCUAGAUCCAUCUCACAGGGUGCUUCACCUUGGCCCGCCUCGCAUGUUUGCGUUUUACGGAGGGUCCGGGCCUGAUUGCCUUCCCUUUACUCCAAAGGGACAGAAGAUUGUUCUAACCUUGGAGGAUGAUCCGGAGAAUCGCUCCCUGGAUGAGGUUUUGGGCCUCAGCGACACUGAUGUUCUCUACAAUAUUGAAUAUCUCGCUGGCGGGGGCAGGUUGAAGGAGGAGAAGGAUGGGUGUAUUGCCAUUUCAAAACUCAAACAGAGGGUCGUGGGGCUUUACAUGUGCUCUGAUGGUAGAAGCAUAGAGAUGAUUCAGGAGGUCUACGAGGAAUGUAGACGGAGAGAGUAUGAGCUUGAAAUUGUGGUGGUGUGCUAUCCCUUCCCUGAGCAGGUGCCCCCAGCGUUGCACGAGGAGGCGAUCAUUGAAGCUCUUGCAAGUCAUGACCUGCUACGCUGGUGGUUUUUUCCCUUCAACAACACCGUGUGCCAUAGACUAGAGACAAUGUGUGAUAUUUACGGUCUUGACGAAUGUUUCCUCAUAGCUGAUCCCAGUGUUGAAAGGUGUGUCGAUCCCCAUGGAAUCGAUAUCAUCCGCGACUUCGGCAUCGACAGUUAUCCCUUCACCAGGAGGAGCUUGGUCGAGAAGGAAUAUCAAAGGGAACUGGAAAUGCAUCCCUCGGGAUUCGACAUCGAUCAACGUCAACAGAUUUGCGAGAGUUUUGCAGACGCUGGGUAUAGAUACAUGCCGUACUGAUUAUCAGGGGUUCUUUUGGAAUCGAUGUCCGGGAUAAAUUAUACUCCAGGAGUACAUAGUUUAGAUAGUUUAAGAACUCACCCCAAGGUGCGUUUGAAAGGGAGUUUCAGGAUACUCCGUACUUGCAUAUUUAUCAAGUUCAAGAUAACAUGGAGAAUGGCUCUCACAUUCUCCAGGCAGGGAACACCUC